AUGUCAAAUAAUAACAAAUAUAACAAAAUACUAUUGGAUUUGGAUGAAAAUUAUAAUAUAUCAAAUGAAUAUCCUAAAGAAUUAGAAGGAAAUUUGACCAAAGAUGAAUAUGAACAAUUUAUAGGGCAGGUUAAUCAUAUAUUAAAGAAUCCAUUAGUGUCAAGAAAAUACUAUUUAGCACCAGUUGUAAUAAUAUUUUUUUUAACAUUUUUGGUAUUUCUAUUAUAUUUUGUGGAUGCAUUCGAUAAGUAUACUUCAAUAGCAUUAGGUGUAAUAAUUGGUAUAGGAUCAUUAUUUUCAAUAACCUAUUAUGCAUUUAAAAGAAAUGAAAACAUUAAAGAACAAUUAACUCAAUUAAAUAUUAAAUAUGCAAAAAAUGGUGUUAAAAUAGUACUUGACUCAAUUUCUGUUAAUGAUCGUUACGAAAAAAUGAAAAUUACUAAAGUAACAUAUAAUAUUUAUUAUUUAAAAAAGAAAGAAAACAAACCAAAUGAUGAUAUUGAUGAUAAAUAUAGAAACAAUACAAUUCAACUAUCAAGAGAUAACGAUUAUGUGGUCGAAAUGGAAUCAAUUCCCUCAAUAUAUGAAUCAAAAAAAGAACAAAAAGAAUCAUUACUUAGUAACAAUAAUAACAUAAAUUAUAAUGAUGAUGAACCAUCAUCAAGUGCAAUCAUUCACCAAGAAAAUGAAGAUUAA